AGAAAGAUGAGUAUCGUAUAGGCAGUGGCAGUGGCAAAUCGCAACUCUGGCAGAAACUCUGAGAGAAAGAACUAAAGAACCAUUCAUUGCCAAAUAACGCGACCCAUUUCUUGAUUUCUUCCAAAUAUAAUGGAAUUCUUCAUUAAGCACUGGUAGCCGCAAAUGCCCCUCGAUUUUAGCACUUUUACCUCCAAUAACAACAUCGUUUACCCAAACAAGGUGAAGGGCAGGCUCGUAAUUGUAAGUGGGGACUGGGUUACUGGGACAUGACAUGAAGACUGACUGAGGUUCGUGGUUAGUUAAAAAAGUGUAAAAAUUCAUUCUGUAAGGAAGCAUGGGCAUUUUGGUAAUUCAAUCAUCGGGAAAACUAGUAUAUAGAGAUAUCAUUUCGGUCAUCCCACAGCUCUCAAGCUUCAUUCGGCUCUCCCUUGUUCACUCACUCUCAGUCACUCAGUCACUGCUCUUUCAUCGUCUCCAAUGGAACAAAAUGAUCACAAGGAACUACAAUUACUCCCAGCAUCCUUGCACCCUUCAUCCUCUCCAACACAUCGUUCUUCAUGUAUGUCCGGUUCUUCCAACCGGAAGUCACGACUGACACUAUCCGAUCCUUUUGAUGGCCCAUCGCUCGACUUGCAGCUAUCGAUCAGCCUCCGGCCAUUUCGGCCACAGUCAGAUUGUCUCCUGGCAGGGUCCCUUCGUGAGGGUGAUGCAAAGACCGACUUGAGCUGCGUUCAGGCACUCAAGUGGCAGGCCGCAGAGCAAAUUCGAUUAGCUACCAUAGAGAAGGCUUAUGCAGAGCAAGUGAGGGAGCUGACGAGACGGGAGAUGGAGUUGGCGCAGUCAGAAUUCAUGCGGGCAAAGCACUUGUGGGAGAGAGCUCGGGAGGAGGUGGAGAAGGCCAAGAGAAUGAAGGAGAUGGCAACCCACCAGGUUGACUCUACGUGCAUGGAGAUCACUUGCCAGGCUUGCCGGCAGCGGUUCCGACCCUAGCGUGCAAACUGGACUCUGGGCUUGGCUCUACUGGUGAUGGAAAAGAGUAAGAGUUAGAUUGUUUAUUCCGGCGAAGAUUCACUGUCGUCUGAUUCAUCGGGAUUACUAACUGAGUGGAGCCAGUUUUUCAUGGCCGGUCCAAGCCAAGCCAACCCAGGAGAGUAUGCAACACGAUCCUGCGGGCGUAGCUCAUCAAAAAGGAGAAAGAAAAAAAAGAAAAGAACAUGAUAAAAUGAAAAGGUUACUUCUUAAUUCAGUUCUCAACGUGACUCGCUAUGAUGAAUAAAAAAGUAUUCUCUUCUUUUAUUGCCCAUAUCAAUUGAAACCAAGUUCUGACUGAAUAAAAAAAAGGAUCUAACUUUUAAAAUUUGGAUGAGAAAGAAUUACACUUGAACUACUUAUCUGAUAUUAGUGUUGAUUGUUGAAGUUCUGAUGUAUUCCUUGAAACAGAGAUCAUCUUGCUGUGCAAAUUGUUUUGUAAGAGGGGUACCUUAGCAUUUUCU